AUGUUUUUUGUGCCACAUUUGAAAAAUAAAAGAGGUGGCACCUAUGAUGUGCUCCCGUUUCCUCCGCCCUGUACCAAUGAAGGACACGAUGCAUAUAACGGAAUUUUUACUGGAAUAUCUGUAGAAAUUUGCAAUGCCAAUGAUAUUAGAGCUUUAUACACCAAUGGAUUUUACGGCAAAGGCUCACAAUCCCGGAGCGUACCUAAUGUGGUGUAUAAAAACCCAUCAGAAAUUGAUCUCGAAGAACGGGAAACGCUAUCGCUGGGCUCAGAAGAGUCAUUUUUCUUGGCCUAUUAUUUGCGGGUCUUGAAAAUCUUCGAUUUCGACGCAAAAGAAAUAACAUGGGAAGAUUUUAUGAAGUCGGCUUUAAAAGUUAAUGGCAACUUUGUGGAGUCGGUUGCCGCUUAUGUAUACUUGAAAUCCAAGGGUUGGGUUGUAAAGAGUGGACUGAAAUUUGCUGGAAACUAUUUGAUUUAUAGCAAGGGUCCCCGAUUUUUCCAUGCCAGUUUUGUGGUCAUUGUGAAUAUCCCUUCCAAUACACAGCAUUUAGAACCCAAGAAAAUAAAAGGUUUACAAAGAAUAGCUGAAACAUCUGAUAAGGAUGUCCUUCUACUAGAUAUCACCAAACCUAAAAAUUUCAAAAUGCAAACUCCACAAGAUAUUGCCAUGCUGAACGUAACCGAAUCUAUUAUAAAGCGUUUUAAUUACACAUCAUAUGUACAAACUCAACGUAAUAGUAUAUCAAAAAUGCUUAAAUCGAAGAAGAAUUAA